AUGCGUGCUGUGCAAUACAACAUCUUUUCGCCCAAAGGUCGCCGGUUCAAGACCAAGGCAAAGACACCAACGGUCGGCGCCAAGGACAGCGUCGUCGUGCAGGUCAAGGCCGCGGCCAUCAACCCCGUCGAUUACAAGCUGCCGGCGCUUUUCAUGCAAGGCAAGGGCGUCGGUCUUGACGUUGCUGGCGUUGUGACGGCCGUGAGCCCCGAUGUCACGACGCUGGCGGUUGGCGACCGUGUCUUUGGCAGCACGCAUGGGUCGCUGGCAGAACACGCACUCUGCCAAGCUUCAACGCUGACAAUCCUCCCGGCGUCGCUCACCUUUAUUGAAGGCGCCGCCUUGCCGACGACCUACAUCACUGGCUACCAGGCGCUUGUCAACCAUGGGUUCAAGGCGGGCCAGUCGCUCCUCAUCCUCGGCGCCAGCGGCGGCUGCGGCACGGCUGCGAUCCAGCUCGCCAAGGGUCUCGGCGCACGUGAGAUUGUCGGCGUCUGCUCCAAGGCCAACGAAGAGCUCGUGCUCUCGCUGGGCGCCGACCGCAUCAUCGACUACAAGACGCAGUCGAUCACGGACCCCGAGUGGGUCAAGCACUUUGACUUUGUCUACGACGCGGCGUCGGCCUCCGGUGGCGGCGAAGAUUACCUCGUCGACUCGCAGACGGUCCUGAACGAGAAGGGCACGUACGUGGCCAUCAACGGCAAGAUUUCGUUGUGGCUGCGUCACUUUUUGGGCCUCGGCCAAUACCGUCCGAACGUGCAUUUGCUGCUGGCGGACCCAAAGUCGGUCGAUUUCAAGGCCGUCGCCGACAUUCUGGAGGCGCAAAAUGUCAAGCCCAUCAUUGACAGCGUGUUUCCGUUUACGCCUGAAGGCGUCGAAGACGCGUUUGCAAAGCUGCAUUCGCGCCGCGCCAAGGGCAAGAUCGUGGUCAACGUGUCGGCCGAGUAGGCAGCAAGACCAUCUUGUUGCCGGUUUAUAAUCUAUUUUGCACAAUUGACAGCUCCU